GCUUCUGCAGCCAUUGCCUUGAUGACCACAGCAGUCAUUUCUACCUGCGACCAUGGCGUUGUGGCGAAGAUUAAGAGAGUGAUCAUGGAGAGAGACACGUAUCCCCGCAAAUGGGGUCUCGGUCCCAAGGCCAGUCAAAAGAAGAUGAUGAUCCAGAAGGGUCUUCUGGACAAGCAUGGAAAGCCCAACGAGAGCACACCAGAUUCCUGGAAGAAGGAGUAUGUGGAUUACAGGGAUGCUUCCAAGAAAGAGGCAGCUGCCAUUCCCCGAGCUGCUUCGGAGCUGGAGAGGGCUCCAAAAAGGAAGCGAGAGUCAGAGAGUGAAAGUGAGGAGGCUGUGACCCCACCAUCCCCUGCAACCUCACCACCAGAGGAGCUGAGCAAGAAGCAAAAGAAAAAGAAGAAGAAAGAGAAGAAGGCCAAAGAGGCAGCUGAGAGUGCAGGAGAGCAAAUAGAAGUGACCAGUGACACCAGCACGAAGAAGAAGAAGAAGAAGAAACAAAAGGAGGUAGAAGAGAGCUCAGAGUAAGCGACUGGAUCUGUCCAAAGCAGGCAACAUCAUCGGUAGGGAGGGAGGAGUCUGAGGCCUUGAGAAAAAGAGGACUGGCUUUGCGGCAGACAGGCCAGCAAGUUCCAAGUUCCUUUUCUGCUGUGUAUACGAGUGAGUGGGUGUGUUUGCCCAGGAUACGCCCUGCUGAGGUACCCCUCCUCAUCCUGUUUUAAGGGUUGCCAGAGGAGUGGGGUGCCUGACUGCCCCUGCACUGGAUUGCUUUCUAAAGCUGAACGCCGUGAUG